AUGCGCUGCUCCACCCUGCUCGGCAUCCUCACGGGGGUGCUUCUCUACUUGGUGCUGGGAGCUGUGGUGUUCCGCUCGUUGGAGGCUCCGCGAGAGGAGGGCAAGCACAUGCAGCUGCAGAACACACGGCGGGAGUUCUUGUUGAACUUCACCUGCAUGGGCCCAGACGACCUACAGACCCUUAUAGAGGAAGUAGUGGAGGCCGUCGGUGCAGGUGUGGAUCCUAACAGCAACUUCACCUUCGUCAGCCAAUGGGAUCUGGCCAGUGCCUUUUUUUUCUCAGGGACCAUAAUCACAACCAUCGGCUUUGGAAACAUCUCCCCCAAGACGGAAGGAGGGCAGCUGUUCUGUAUUUUCUACGCCCUGGUGGGAAUCCCGAUGUUUGGUAUCCUGCUCGCUGGAGUCGGAGACCAUCUGGGUACUUGGCUGAGGAAAGCUGUUGCCAAAAUAGAGACUCUCUUCCGGAAAUGGCGUGUUAGUCCAACCAUUGUGCGGGUGAUCUCCGCCGUCCUGUCCAUCCUUAUGGGUUGCCUGCUCUUUGUCGCUGUGCCUAUCCUGGUUUUCAAAGAGGUGGAGGGUUGGACUCUUCUGGAGUCGGCCUACUUUGUCGUUAUCACCCUGACAACAGUGGGGUUUGGAGACUAUGUUGCAGGGGAUUCAGGAAAUGCGGGGAGUGACCACUGGUACAAGCCUUUGGUGUGGUUCUGGAUCUUGCUGGGUCUGGCCUACUUUGCAUCAAUCCUGACAAUGAUUGGUAAAUGGCUUCGGGUUCUAUCUAAGAAGACCAGAGCUGAGAUGGAGGAGCUCCGAGCCCACGCCACUGAUUGGACUCAAAACAUCCAUAAUAUGUCGGUGGAUUUUCGAAUUCCAGGAAAAAUCGAUGACCCCUUCAAACGGCGUCGGCGAAAGCAUCGCCACGGCCCUCGCAACGGUCACACUGUGUCGCCUAACGGGGCCACUGAGGGGAAAGAAGAGCAACGUGAUAGUCAGACCGAGUCUGGAUCUUACUCCUCUUCCUCCUCUUCUAAUGAAUCGGGGUCUGGAUCAGAAACAGACUCUCAGGUCACUCAGACAGAGCGAGUGCCUGGAGAAAAAACUGCAGAGCCUGAAAAGGAGGAGACUCCUCCAGAUCCCAACCUGUCUCAGCCUCUGGACCACUUUGGGGAGAACCUCGCCUUCAUUGAUGAGUCCUCAGAUGCCCAGAGUGGUAAACUACAUUUGGAUCCUCUGCUGGAUAAAUCACAAACCAACUGUGCACGCUCUCGGCCGCCCAAGAGGAGACGUCAAAGAAGACCCGUUCCUCAGAGAAGCCCCAAAAUCAACGGCCGUGACAAGAAGGAGCCCAAAGGAAACCCACCACCAGUUCCAGCUCUCCCAGUGAAGCCUUAA